AUGCUGACCAGCUUUAUGGAGGGCCUUCUCUGCUGCCUAACAACAAAGUCAGUCAACGUUGUGGUUCCUGUAGACACCUCAGAACCUGCUGAUGGCUAUGAGUUUGUAGAGGUGAAACCAGGCCGGGUAUUACGGGUUCGACAUAUCAUCCCUGACAGGCCAGUGGUGGAGGAACCCACAGGGCAGGCUGGAAGUGUCAGUUGCAAGCGGAGGAUCACAGUAUAUCGUAAUGGACAGCUAUACAUUGAGAACUUAGGUGACAGGGCGAGUCCAGAGCUGAAAAACUGCCAGAAUGGAGAGACAGAACCCAACAGCACUCUGGAGGUCGAACUGACAGAUUGUGGCAACUCCUCGCCGCCCGUCAGUAUCCCUAAUUCCAGAUCUAACUCUAUCACAGCAGGAAAAGAUGGGGCAUCUGACACAGGAGCAGGAGGAGAGGCACCUGCUGCCGGACAGCUGGACCAGUCACAGCAACUCAGGAAGCGCAGGCGGAAGCCCAAGCGCACUGUGAUAAUUGACUGUGAGAGGAGGAUAUCAUCCUGUAAAGGGAGUCAUGCAGAUGUGGCCCUGUUCUUCAUCCAUGGAGUGGGGGGCUCGCUGGAUAUCUGGGGAAGCCAGUUGGACUUCUUUUCUCGUCUGGGCUAUGAGGUGAUCGCUCCGGACCUGGCAGGUCACGGUGCCAGCUCAGCACCACAUAUAGCUGCAGCAUACACUUUCUAUGCCCUGGCUGAGGAUAUAAGACUUAUCUUCAAGAGAUACGCACGCAAGAGGAAUAUUCUCAUAGGACAUUCUUAUGGUGUGUCGUUCUGUACGUUCCUGGCCCAUGAGUAUCCAGAACAGAUCCACAAGAUGGUGAUGAUCAACGGAGGUGGUCCCACAGCUCUGGAGCCCAGCCUUUGCUCCAUCUUCAAUCUGCCCACCUGUGUGCUUCACUGCCUCUCCCCGCUGCUAGCCUGGAGCUUUCUCAAGGCUGGUUUUGCUCGGCAGGGUGCAAAGGAAAAGCAGCUGCUGAAAGAGAACAAUGCCUUCAACGUGUCGUCUUUUGUGCUGCGUGCCAUGAUGAGUGGGCAGUACUGGCCUGAGGGGGACGAGGUCUACCAUGCUGAGCUCACUGUGCCCAUCCUGCUGGUUCAUGGCAUGCAUGACAAGUUUGUCCCCAUUGAAGAAGACCAACGAAUGGCAGAGAUCCUCCUCCUGGCCUUCUUAAAGGUUCUGGAGGACGGCAGUCACAUGGUCAUGAUGGAAUGUCCCGAGCCUGUCAACACACUUCUGCAUGAGUUUUUCCUCUGGGAGCCCGCUGCCCCUCCACCACCGAAGAAAGAGUCCAAAACGCGUCCAGAGACUGCCAGGGCCCUAUCUGACAACCCCAAGGCCACAUCUGACCCUGACAACGUCCGACCUGCAACUGCCAGGCAAUCCUCAUCAAAUGCUGCUGCAGAGGAGAAGCCAGACAGCCAGGCCAAAAAAUGA